AUGGCCAGCCACGUGGACCUGCUGACGGAGCUGCAGCUGCUGGAGAAGGUGCCCACGCUGGAGCGGCUGCGCGCCGCCCAGAAGCGCCGGGCCCAACAGCUGAAGAAGUGGGCGCAGUACGAGCAGGAUCUGCAGCACCGCAAACGCAAGCACGAGCGGAAGCGCAGCGCGGGCGGCCGGCGGAAGAAGGUGUCCUUCGAGGCCAGCGUGGCCCUGCUGGAGGCCUCCCUGAGGAAUGACGCCGAGGAAGUACGCUACUUCCUGAAGAAUAAGGUCAGCCCUGAUUUGUGCAACGAGGAUGGACUCACAGCCCUGCACCAGUGCUGCAUCGACAACUUUGAGGAGAUUGUCAAGCUGCUCCUUUCCCAUGGUGCCAACGUGAAUGCCAAGGACAACGAGCUGUGGACGCCCCUGCAUGCGGCGGCCACCUGCGGCCACAUCAACCUGGUGAAAAUCCUCGUUCAGUAUGGGGCCGACUUACUCGCUGUCAACUCGGAUGGGAACAUGCCGUAUGACCUCUGUGAGGAUGAACCCACCCUGGAUGUCAUCGAGACGUGCAUGGCGUACCAGGGCAUCACCCAAGAGAAAAUCAACGAGAUGCGGGCAGCUCCUGAGCAGCGGAUGAUUGCAGACAUCCACUGUAUGAUUGCAGCGGGCCAGGACCUUGACUGGAUAGAUGCCCAGGGCGCCACACUGCUGCACGUAGCUGGAGCCAAUGGAUACCUGCGGGCAGCCGAGCUCCUCCUGGACCACGGGGUGCGUGUGGACGUGAAGGACUGGGAUGGCUGGGAGCCCCUGCACGCAGCUGCCUUCUGGGGACAGAUGCAGAUGGCAGAGCUAUUGGUGUCCCAUGGGGCCAGUCUCAGUGCUAGGACAUCCAUGGAUGAGAUGCCAAUAGACCUGUGUGAGGAGGAGGAGUUCAAAGUCCUGCUGUUGGAACUCAAACACAAGCAUGACGUCAUCAUGAAGUCACAGCUGAGACACAAGUCAUCCUUGAGCCGGAGAACGUCCAGCGCGGGGAGCCGUGGGAAGGUGGUGCGUCGAGCCAGCCUGUCGGACAGGACCAACCUGUACAGGAAAGAGUACGAGGGAGAGGCCAUACUGUGGCAGCAGCGGAGCGCGGCUGAGGAUCAACGGACCGCCACCUACAAUGGGGACAUCAGGGAGACCAGGACAGACCAAGAGAAUAAGGACCCGAACCCCCGGCUGGAGAAGCCCGUGCUGCUUUCUGAGUUCUCUACCAAGAUCCCGCGAAGUGAAAUGGAUGGGCCUGUUGAGAAUGGCCUCCGGGCUCCGGUCAGCACCUACCAGUACGCGCUGUCCAACGGGGACGUCUGGAAAGUGCACGAGGUGCCCGACUACAACAUGGCCUACGGCAGCCCCGGCGUGGCCGACGCCACCCCUCCCUGGAGUGGCUACAAGGAACAGAGUCCCCAGACGCUUCUGGAGCUGAAGCGGCAGCGGGCUGCAACCAAGCUGCUCAGCCACCCCUUCCUGAGCACCCACCUGGGCAGCAGCAUGGCCAGGACGGGCGAGGGCGGCAGCGAAGGCAAGGCCCCCUUGAUCGGAGGCAGAACUUCACCGUACAGCAGCAAUGACACCUCGGUCUAUUACACGGUCACCAGCGGAGAUCCCCCGCUCUUGAAAUUCAAGGCGCCCAUGGAGGAGAUGGAGGAGAAGGUCCAUGGCUGCUGCCGCAUCUCCUAG